UCCUGCACCCAAGCCUGGGCCUGUGAAGCGAGGCACAGGGGCACUCAUUAGCCUAGGAGGUGUCUCUGGGAAAAGAGGGACAACCCCAGAGCAUGGUGGAGCCACUGGGGUCUCUGGAGGAGGGCUGGGGGACAGGCAGGUGCCUUGUUCCCUGUUCUGCGUCCCAGGCUGGUGCUCUGAGUUGGGUGAUCUAAAGGACCAAAUCGGAGAGAAGGGCUUUGCAGGGAGAUCAGGGUGACACAGGCUGGGAUUGACACUGUGGUCUUCAUUUUGGUUUUGGGUCUGCUCAUCCUGGCCUGCUGUUGCCAGUACGCGUGCUCAGUGUGCCCACCGCAGCUCCCUGUAGUGAAUAUUCCAAGUUUAAGUCCCAGAAAUGGAAUAAAAGCAAUAAUCUUUAUUCAGCUUGCUGGAAAUCUGGCAUUUCCUUGGUUGGGUUGAAAGACCUGCAGUGUCUCACAUUGUCAUGCAUCAACACAGAAGUUUCGGAUCUAUCAUGGCAUUUUGUGAUUUUCACUCACACAAAGCUCUGUCAUUCCUUUUCACACAGCUUGUCAAGCAUCCAAAGGCUCCAAAGCACAGAUGAGUCUAAACACAAAGGUUUGUGCACUUAACUUCUUGAGAAGAAUCUAGUGCAUGUCCUUAACACCAAAGGAAAACCCAAAAUCUAGAUGUGCACAUUCAGCUGCACUGCCCAAGUUUCUUGGCAUUCUUGCUUUGCAGUGUAACAGACACAUUUCUGUAUCUAAGCCCCUGCUCCAGGCUGCCUUCUGGUAAGAUUUUAAAGCAGUUAUUCUCUUGAGACAUUUUUUGUGUAAUGAUGGAGAACUGCGCAAAAUAAGUGUGACUGUUACAGUGAAAAGUGGAGCCUUUGCAGGUAGUGGGCAGGUAGUAGCAGUGGCUGUUGUAGCUGGUUGCAUCAUGCAUGGAUCAGGACUGGAGAUCUGAAAGAUUGUGUAUUUUUUUAGUUGCUAACCCUUGCUAGGCUGGGCAGAACAUGGAAUUCCAUCUUGCGGAUAUACUGCAUGGUCCUGAUUUAGGGCAGUUGAGACAGUGGCAGUGUGCAAAUGGUUUUAAACAGUGGAGUAUGGUCUUGGUGUGGUGCUCAGCAGAUGCCAAUGACUAGUCACUGCUCACUGCUAACUGGUUUCCUGCACUCUGCUCCCAGCUGGGCACCUGAACCAGGGAGGGAAUAUAGGAAGAGUGGUGUGCUCUGCCUGUGUGUGCUCUUUGCUCUGAUCCUACAGCUGGGUAUGGGGAGCAGGGUCCAUCCCCCUUGCUUUAGGCAUGCCUGGGAGCAGGAAAGGCCCUGUCUGAAUCACACUGACAGUUCAGUAUCAGGACAAAGCCCUAAGCUGGUUCUUGGUGUGGUGUGUCUGGCCUUUUGCAGACACUCAGUACAUCCACUGUGCCGAGUUCAAAGGGCCGAGCACGGGGGAUGCUUGCUAAAAAAAGCUUUCCCUCAUCCUCCAGGCUUAGGGGGAUUUUAGGAAUUCAUGGUUCAUGAGCUAUGGGGCUGCAGUGUCCAUUUUUAGUGACCUUAAAUGAAAUUAAGGGCAACAUGGAAUAAGUUUGUCAAAACACUAGUGACAAUGACGCUCCUGCAAGGCCACAGGGUCGGCUUUCCUCGGGCAAACACAAGCAGGGCCAGCAGUGUCUGCAGGAUGAGGUAAGGUCCCCCAUGCGGCAGAACCAGAUGUCCCAGUGUGCUCCAGCUGGGAAUGGUGCUUUGGGGGGUGCAGGAGCUAUUUGGGAUGGGCUUCUGGCUUCACACAGGUCUUGUGGGCUUUGCUCUGGUGCUGCAGCCUUGGAUGAGUGGCCAGGCAGUGCACAGGGCAAACGGGUGCUACUGGACAGUGAUAGAAGAUGACCAAAGCAGGCAGGAUGACUCGGGGAGGAGGAGACCCUUCUGCUCAUGAACCAGGAGCUACUCCCUGUGCAAGCAUGAAGCCUCCCAUUGCUUCUGCCAACUGCUGUCCUGCCCUGCUCUACGAGAGAUCAGAGAUGUCAGCCUGGUCCUUCCUUCUGUUGACUGAUCCUUAAGCUCCAGCCAUGAGCAGAGACGCUGGCAUGGAGGUUUUUGGGGAGGCUGCACCGUACCUGCGCAAACCAGAGAAGGAGAGAAUCGAAGCCCAGAACCAGCCAUUUGAUGCCAAGACCCACUGCUUUGUGGCUGACCCCGAGGUGGUGUACACCAAAGGCAAGAUCAAGGCUGCACAGGAUGGGAAGAUAACUGUUGAGACGGAGGAUGGCAGAACACUUGCUGUCAAACCUGAUGAUGUCUAUGCCAUGAACCCACCUAAGUUUGACAGAAUUGAAGAUGUGGCCAUGUUGACUCACCUCCAUGAACCUGCCGUCCUCUACAACCUCAAGGACCGCUACAGCUCCUGGAUGAUCUAUACCUACUCGGGUCUCUUCUGUGUCACCGUCAACCCCUACAAGUGGCUGCCGGUGUACAGCCAGCAGGUGGUGGCUGGCUACCGAGGCAAGAAGCGCCAGGAGGCCCCUCCACACAUCUUCUCCAUCUCUGACAAUGCCUAUCAGUCAAUGCUGACUGAUCGUGAAAAUCAGUCCAUCCUGAUCACUGGGGAGUCCGGAGCAGGGAAGACUGUGAACACAAAGCGUGUCAUCCAGUACUUUGCCACAAUUGCAGCGGGUGGAGACCUAGCCAAGAAGAAGGAGUCUUGGAUGAAGGGAACACUCAAAGAUCAAAUCCUCAGUGCUAACCCACUGCUGGAGGCCUUUGGGAAUGCCAAGACUGUGAGAAAUGACAACUCCUCGCGCUUUGGUAAAUUCAUUCGUAUUCAUUUUGGGACCUCUGGAAAACUGGCCUCUGGUGACAUUGAGACCUACCUGUUGGAAAAGUCAAGAGUCACUUUCCAGCUGAAAGCGGAGAGAAGCUACCACAUCUUCUACCAGAUCCUCUCCAACAAGAAGCCCGAGCUGCUUGAGAUGCUCCUCAUCACAUCCAACCCAUACGACUACCCGUUCAUCAGCCAAGGGGAGAUUUCUGUGGCCAGCAUCGAUGACCAGGAGGAGCUCGUUGCCACAGAUGCAGCCAUUGACAUAUUGGGCUUCAGCCCUGAUGAGAGAAUGGGGAUUUACAAGCUGACAGGGGCAAUUCUACACUAUGGAAACAUGAAGUUCAGGCAGAAACCACGUGAGGAGCAGGCAGAGCCAUAUGGCACAGAAGAGGCUGACAAAGCAGCAUACCUGAUGGGCCUGAACUCGGCAGACUUGCUGAAAGCUUUGUGCUAUCCCCGGGUGAAAGUGGGAAAUGACUAUGUCAUAAAGGGCCAAACAGUGCAUCAGGUGCACCAUGCAGUAAAUGCCAUCGCUAAAUCAGUCUACGAGAAACUCUUCUUCUGGAUGGUGAUGCGCAUCAACCAACAACUGGAUACAAAGCUUCCAAGACAGCACUUUAUUGGGGUCUUAGACAUUGCCGGCUUUGAGAUCUUCGAGUUCAACAGCUUUGAGCAGCUGUGCAUCAACUUCACCAAUGAGAAACUGCAACAGUUCUUCAACCACCACAUGUUUGUGCUGGAGCAAGAGGAGUACAAGAAGGAAGGAAUUGAAUGGGAGUUCAUUGACUUUGGGAUGGACCUGGCUGCCUGCAUUGAGCUCAUUGAGAAGCCCAUGGGCAUCUUCUCCAUCCUGGAAGAGGAGUGCAUGUUCCCCAAGGCAACUGACACCUCUUUCAAGAACAAGCUCUAUGACCAGCACCUGGGCAAGUCCAACAACUUCCAAAAGCCCAAGCCUGGCAGAGGCAAGGUUGAGGCCCAUUUCUCCCUGGUGCAUUAUGCUGGCACAGUGGACUACAACAUCACUGGCUGGCUUGAGAAGAACAAAGACCCUCUGAAUGAAACUCUUGUGGCGCUGUAUCAGAAAUCAUCUAUGAAAAUUUUAUGCAAUCUUUAUGCUGAUUUUGCUUCCAUAGAUGAAGCUGAAGGUGGUGGGAUUAAGAAGAAAGGAACCAAGAAAAAGGGCUCUUCCUUCCAAACUGUCUCUGUACUCUUUCGGGAAAACCUAAAUAAGCUGAUGUCCAACUUGCGAACAACCCAUCCUCAUUUUGUGCGUUGUAUCAUUCCCAAUGAAACAAAGACCCCAGGCCUGAUGGAUCACAAGCUUGUUCUGCACCAGCUGAGGUGUAACGGCAUCCUGGAAGGUAUUCGCAUCUGCAGGAAAGGAUUUCCUAACAAGAUACUAUAUGGGGAUUUUAAACAAAGAUACCGCCUUCUGAACACUGCUGUCAUUCCAGAAGGACAGUUUAUGGAUAACAAGAAGGCGUGUGAAAAGUUGCUGUCUUCCAUUGAGAUAGAUCAUACUCAAUACAAAUUUGGACACACUAAGGUGUUCUUCAAGGCAGGCUUGCUGGGUGUCCUAGAAGAGAUGCGAGAUGAUUGCUUAGGAAAACUCAUCACGCAGACACAGGCUUUAUGCAGGGGAUACCUCAGGAGGCUUGAAUUGAAAAGAAUGGUGGACCAUAGGGAGUCCAUCUUCUGCAUCCAGUACAACAUCCGUACGUUCAUGAACGUCAAGCACUGGCCCUGGAUGAAGCUGUACUUCAAGCUAAAACCCCUUUUGAAAAGUGUGGAAACUGAGAAAGAAAUGGCCACCAUGAAAGAAAAGUUUAAGAGAACAAAAGAAGACCUGGCUAAAUCAGAAACCAAGAGGAAAGAACUGGAACUAAAAAUGGUGACUCUGGUGCAAGAGAAAAAGGCUCUGCAGCUGCAAGUACAGACUGAAAAUGAAAAUCUGGCUGAUGCUGAAGAAAGAUGUGACCAGGUGAUCAAAGCCAAAUUCCAGCUGGAAGCAAGAAUAAAGGAGGUAAUGGAAAAACUGGAGGAUGAAGAGGGGAUAAAUACUGAUCUGGCAGCCAGAAAGAGGAAACUGGAGGAUGAAUGUUCAGAACUGAAGAAAGAUAUUGAUGACCUUGAGUUAACAUUGGCUAAAGCUGAAAAAGAAAAGCAUGCCACAGAAAACAAGGUUAAAAAUCUAACUGAAGAAAUGACAGGUUUAGAUGAGACUGUUGUGAAGUUAGACAAGGAGAAGAAGGCCCUACAAGAAGCCCAUCAGCAGGCACUGGAUGACCUGCAAAUUGAGGAGGACAAAGUUAAUACCCUCAUCAAAGCCAGGAUCAAGCUGGAGCAACAAGUGAACAAUGUUGAAGAAUCUUUCGAACAAGAAAGAAAAGUUUGUAUGGACCUUGAAAGAGCAAAGAGAAAGCUUGAAGGAGACUUGAGACUUGCCCAGGAAACCACAGUGGAUCUGGAGAAUGAUAAACACCACUUAGAUGAAAAAUUGAGGAAGAAAGACUUGGAAUUUAAUGAGAUGCAAACUAAAAUUGAGGAACAGCAGAGUUCAGGUAUUCAACUGCAGAAGAAGGUCAGAGAAUUGCAGGCUCGUGUGGCAGAGCUGGAAGAGGAGACCAUGAGCGAGAAGGCGGUGCGGGCAAAGGCCGAGAAGCAUUGCCAUGAGCUGUCAAAUGAACUUGAGGGAAUCAGUCAAAGGCUUGAGGAGGCUGCGGGAGCCACCACUGCUCGAAGUGACCUCAACAAGAAGCGUGAGGCCGAGUUCCAGAAGAUGCGUCGUGACCUCGAAGAGGCCACGCUGCAGCACGAAGCCACGGCUGCUGCCCUGCGCAAGAAGCACGCGGACAGCACCGCUGAGCUUGGGGAGCAGAUCGACAACCUGCAGCGAGUGAAGCAGAAGCUGGAGAAGGAGAAGAGCGAGCUGAAGAUGGAGAUCGACAGCUUGGCCAGUAGUACAGAGACCAUUACUAAGUCCAAGGCUCAUCUGGAAAAAAUGUACCACACUCUGGAAGACCAGAUGAGAGAUAUGAAAGCCAAAUUUGAGGAAAACCAGAGAAACAUGAAUGAGAUGGUGAUCCAAAAAGCUCAGCUUCAGACAGAGUCUGGUGAACUGAGCCGUCAACUCGAAGAGAAGGAAACCGUAACUGUGCAGCUGGCCAGGAGCAAGCAGGCAAUUGCGCAGCAAAUAGAAGAGCUUAGGAGGCAGCUAGAGGAAGAAAGCAAGGCCAAGAAUGCGCUGGCCCACGCCUUGCAGGCUGCUCGCCACGACUGUGACUUGCUCCGGGAACAGUAUGAGGAGGAGCAGGAAGCCAAGGGGGAGCUGCAGCGUGCCCUGUCCAAGGCCAACAGCGAAGUGGCCCAGUGGAGAACCAAAUACGAGACGGACGCUAUUCAGCGCACGGAGGAGCUGGAGGAGGCCAAGAAAAAGCUCUGUCAGCGUCUCCAGGAAGCAGGGCAGCAGGCAGAGACUGUGAAUUCAAAGUGUACAUCCUUGGAGAAGAUUAACUUGAAGCUGCAGGGGGAGGUGGAGGAUCUGACAGUGGACAGAGAGAGAGCAAACACUUUGGCUGCUGCCUUUAACAGGAAACAGCAGAACUUUGAUAAGGUCAUGGCAGAAUGGAAGGGAAGGUAUGAGGAGAGCCAGCUGGAGCGGGAAGCUCUCUCUAAAGAAUCACGCUCACUAAACACAGAGCUUUUCAAAGUGAAAAAUGCCUAUGAGGAAACCUUAGAUCAGCUUGAAAUGAUCAAACGGGAGAACAAGGCUCUCAAACAGGAAACAGCUGAUCUGACUGAACACCUUACUGAAAAUGGCAAAAUGAUUGGAGACCUCGAGAAAGCCAAAAAGCAAGCUGAAGCAGAAAAAUCUGAGCUGCGAUUAGCUCUGGAGGAAGCAGAGGCAACUCUUGACCAUGAAGAGGUGAAAAUUCUUGUCAUCAACCAAGAACUGACUCAGAUUAAACUAGAAGUCAACAGGAAGAUUGCCGAGAAAGAUGAGGAGAUCAGCCAGUUAAAAAAGAACAAUCAAAAGACUGUGGAGACAAUGCAGGGUGUUUUGGAUGCUGAGAUCAGGAGCAGAAGUGAAUCCUUAAGGCUGAAGAAGAAGAUGGAGGGAGACCUGAAUGAAAUGGAGAUCCAGCUGAGCCAUGCCAACCGCCAGGCUGCCGAGGCACAGAAACACCUGCAAAGCAUCCAGGGAGUUCUCAAGGACAUGCAGCGGCAGUUGGACGAUGCUCUGAGGACACAGGAGGACCUCAAGGAGCAGGUGUCCAUGGUGGAGCGCAGAGCAAACCUGUUGCAGGCUGAAGUUGAGGAGCUGCGGGCAGCCCUGGAGCAGACGGAGCGGUCCAGGAAAGUGGCUGAGCAGGAACUGAUGGAUGCUACUGAACGUGUCCAGCUCCUCCAUGCCCAGAAUACCAGCCUUCACAAUACAAAGAAGAAGCUUGAAGCUGAUAUGGCACAAAUCCAAACUGAGGUGGAAAAUAUUACUGAUGAAGCAAAAAAUGCUGAAGAAAGAGCAAAGAAGGCAAUCACAGAUGCAGCUGUGAUGGCAGAAGAGCUGAAGAAGGAGCAGGACACCAGCGCCCACCUGGAGAGGAUGAAGAGGAACCUGGACCAGACGGUGAAGGACCUGCAGCUCCGUCUGGAUGAGGCUGAGCAGUUGGCACUGAAGGGAGGAAAGAAACAGCUCUUGAAGACGGAGGCCAGGAUCCGGGAGCUAGAAGCUGAGCUGGAAGAAGAACAUAAACGAUCUGCAGAGGCUAUGAAAAACAUCCGCAAAUACGAACGACGUGUCAAAGAGCUGACUUUCCAGAAUGAAGAACACAGGAAGAACAUGAUGAGGUUACAAGAUUUGGUAGACAAACUGCAGAUGAAAAUCAAAUCCUACAAAAGUCAAGCUGAGGAAGCUGAUGAACAAGCCAAUACCAAUCUCUCCAAAUUCAGAAAAGCACAGCACAAACUGGAAGAGGUUGAGGAAAGGGCAGAUAUUGCUGAAAGCCAAGUAAACAAGCUCAGAGCUAAAACCCAAGCAGUCCCUUCCGCAAAGGUAAGCCUUUAUUGCAGGAGGCAGGUUGUGCAGUCUGUACUGUUUGCUCAAGCAAGUCAAGCAGUAGAUUUGUGGCUUGCUGGUGGACAUAGCCAUCACUUCAAAAGGAGUGUUCUGGAAGGAAGGGCUUUGAAGAAAGGCUGAGAGGACUGAAGUUGUUCAGCCUGGUGUAGAGAAGGCUUUGAGAAGGCCUUAUUCUGGCCUUUCAGUAUAUAAAGGGGGCUUACACAAAAGACAGAGAAAGACUUUUUACCAGAGCCUCCAAUGACAGGAGGCAAUGGUUUUAAACUGAAAGAGGGAAGAUUUAGGUUGGACAUAAGAAAGAAACAUUUUACAAAGAGUGGUGGGACACUGAACAGGUUGCCCAAAGAAAUUGUGGAUACUUCAUCAUUGGAAAUGUUCAAGCUCAGGUUGGCU